AUGGAAUUUUAUUGGUGGAUUAUCAUAGCUAUAGUAAUUAUAGUAAUUGUGAUUCUUGGUAUUAUUAUAAAAUAAAAAUGUGUUGCAAGCAAGCUUUCAGAAAGUAAUAAAGAAUCCAAUAAAGAAUAGUUAAUAAAAAAGUAAGGUGAAAUGAAAAUUAUUAGGGAUGAUUAAAAAAUUAAUUCAUUGAACAAUAAUCCUUUCAAUCAAAGCUUAUAAAAAUAAGUUUUAGAGAAUCCUCCUUACGUUUAAGUAGAACCACCCAAGAUUUAAAAUAAUAGAAAUGCAGGAAAAGAAUAAUAGAAUCAAUAUAAAUUUUAAUACUAAAAUAAUUAACCUUAAGAUGAUUAUACUAAAAUUCCAUCAAAUAAUCCUUAAAAUGUUAAUUAUGAAAAGAAUGAAAAUUAAGUAAUAGUGCAAUAAGAAAAGUAAAAUUAGAAAGAAAUAUCUAACCUCUCCAAAAACUAGGAAAAUAAGUAAGAUCAGAAGCCAUAAUAUACUAAUAUUUAAGAGAAUAAUACAAAAAAAUAUAUCUAAGAUCACAUAGCAAUAUAAAAUAAUAAUUAAAUUGAUGAAAAGUAAUAAAAUAGUUUUUAACCACUAAUUUAAUAAAGUAAUGAGGAUGUCGAAUUAAAAAAUAAUCAAGAUAAUGAGUUAAUUUCUUAAAAAUAGAACAUUAAAAAUGAGAAUUAAUAUAAUCUAUUAAAUUAUGAAUAAUAAAGAUCAUAAAAUAAAGACUUUGAAUAAGAUUAAGUGAUAUAAAAUAAUUUAGAAUAAUAAUAAAAAAAUAAUAAAGUAAAUGGUUAGCAGAUUAAUCAAAAUAAUAAUAGUUUUAAAUUUUUUUCUAACUCUACAUUUAAAAACAAACUUAUUUUCGACUGUAUUAUUGGUGAUGUUAAAUCUGUAAGUUAAAAUAAAAAUAAUAAUUAAGAUGAGAAGAUUAAGAAAAGUAAUUAAAAUUAAGAGUAAGUUGUAAUAGAUAAUAAGGGAUUGUUACUUCUAUAAAAUAUAAUAGAUGAAACUUCUCAAAAAAGAUAAAUAGCAGAUGAAUUCAAACCUUACAUAAGACAAUUGUAGGAGAAAUCAGAUCUAAAAAGAAAUUAUGGCCUUACAUUAAUAGCAAGUUCAAAGUUAUACUAAUAUUGUAAUGCAUUUAGAGAAGUGAGAGGAGAUGGAAAUUGUUUUUAUACUGCUUUUGGAUAUUAAUUCUUAUGUAUUUUAUUAUUUGAAUAUACAUUUGAUUAAUUUUAAGAAUUCAUAGAUAAAAUUAGAAAAAGUGAUUUACCUAUGAAAAUAUUUGUUACUGACAAAGAUUUGAAGAUUGAUGAUAAAUAAUUAGAAAAAUAACUAUUAGAAGAAUUUUUAAAUAGAUUAACUAAAUUAAAAUAAAUUGAUGAUAUAACUUAAAGAUAAGAUUCAUUUAAUACUUAAUUUGCUGCUUAUGAAAAAUAAUCAGAAGAAAUUGAUGGUUAUUUAUAUGGACUAUCGACAAUAUUUUUUAGAAAUUAUUCUAAUUAAAUUGUUGAUUUGAGCAUUAAUAAAGAUGCAGUUUUUGAUAGAGAAAAGUUGUUGAAAUGGGAAGAAGAAUGCAAUAGCAAUGAAGUUGUUAUUGCUGAAUUAGCUAAGCAAUUAAAUGUGUAAUUAUAUAUUAUUUAUUAUAAGAUUUGUUUAGUUAAUAUUUUUUUAAGAUAAAGACAAUUUUGUAGUUAAUGAAUAUGAAAAAGACAAGCAACAUAAAAUUAUCUUAUUAAUAAAGCCUGGACAUUAUAAUAUUGGCUAUUUUAAACCUGAAAGUGAAAAUAAAAAUAAUAAUUAAGAUGAGUAGAUUAAGAAAAGUAAUUAAAAUUAAGAGUAAGUUGUAAUAGAAAUACAUAAAUCUGAUAAUAAUGAGAUUGAUGGAUAAACAAUUUAAUAAAGUAUUAUUGGUGAUGUUGAAUCUGUAAGUGAAAAUAAAAAUAAUAAUUAAGAUGAGCAGAGUAAUCCAAGAAAUUAAAAUUAAGAAUAAGUGGUAAUAGAUAUUCCAUAACAAGUAAUAAAUUAACCUAAUAGCAAGAUUGAUGGAUUAUCACUUUUAUAAAAUAUAAUAAAUGAAACUUCUUAAUAAAGACAAGUGUUAGAUGAAUAUAAAUAUUAUAUUAGACGAUUUUAGGAUAAAUCAGAUCUAAAAAAAAAUUAUGGCCUUACAUUAAAAGCAAGUUCAAAGUUAUACUAAUAUUGUAAUGCAUUUAGAGAAGUGAGAGGAGAUGGAAAUUGUUUUUAUACUGCUUUUGGAUAUUAAUUCUUAUGUAUUUUAUUAUUUGAAUAUACAUUUGAUUAAUUUUAAGAAUUCAUAGAUAAAAUUAGAAAAAGUGAUUUACCUAUGAAAAUAUUUGUUACUGACAAAGAUUUGAAGAUUGAUGAUAAAUAUUUAGAAAAAUAACUAUUAGAAGAAUUUUUAAAUAGAUUAACUAAAUUAAAAUAAAUUGAUGAUAUAACUUAAAGAUAAGAAUAAUUUAAUACUUAAUUUGCUGCUUAUGAAAAAUAAUCAGAAGAAAUUGAUGGUUGUUUAUAUGGACUAUCGACAAUAUUUUUUAGAAAUUAUUCUAAUUACAUUGUUGAAUUGAGCAUUAAUAAAGAUGCAGUUUUUGAUAGAGAAAAGUUGUUGAAAUGGGAAGAAGAAUGCAAUAGCAAUGAAGUUGUUAUUGCUGAAUUAGCUAAGCAAUUAAAUGUGUAAUUAUAUAUUAUUUAUUAUAAGAUUCGUUUAGUUAAUAUUUUUUAAAGAUUUAGACAAUUUUGUAGUUAAUGAAUAUGAAAAAGACAAGCAACAUAAAAUUAUCUUAUUAAUAAAGCCUGGACAUUAUAAUAUUGGCUAUUUUAAACCUGAAAGUGAAAAUAAAAAUAAUAAUUAAGAUGAGUAGAUUAAGAAAAGUAAUUAAAAUUAAGAGUAAGUUGUAAUAGAAAUACAUAAAUCUGAUAAUAAUGAGAUUGAUGGAUAAACAAUUUAAUAAAGUAUUAUUGGUGAUGUUGAAUCUGUAAGUGAAAAUAAAAAUAAUAAUUAAGAUGAGCAGAGUAAUCCAAGAAAUUAAAAUUAAGAAUAAGUGGUAAUAGAUAUUCCAUAACAAGUAAUAAAUUAACCUAAUAGCAAGAUUGAUGGAUUAUCACUUUUAUAAAAUAUAAUAAAUGAAACUUCUUAAUAAAGACAAGUGUUAGAUGAAUAUAAAUAUUAUAUUAGACGAUUUUAGGAUAAAUCAGAUCUAAAAAAAAAUUAUGGCCUUACAUUAAAAGCAAGUUCAAAGUUAUACUAAUAUUGUAAUGCAUUUAGAGAAGUGAGAGGAGAUGGAAAUUGUUUUUAUACUGCUUUUGGAUAUUAAUUCUUAUGUAUUUUAUUAUUUGAAUAUACAUUUGAUUAAUUUUAAGAAUUCAUAGAUAAAAUUAGAAAAAGUGAUUUACCUAUGAAAAUAUUUGUUACUGACAAAGAUUUGAAGAUUGAUGAUAAAUAAUUAGAAAAAUAACUAUUAGAAGAAUUUUUAAAUAGAUUAACUAAAUUAAAAUAAAUUGAUGAUAUAACUUAAAGAUAAGAUUCAUUUAAUACUUAAUUUGCUGCUUAUGAAAAAUAAUCAGAAGAAAUUGAUGGUUAUUUAUAUGGACUAUCGACAAUAUUUUUUAGAAAUUAUUCUAAUUAAAUUGUUGAUUUGAGCAUUAAUAAAGAUGCAGUUUUUGAUAGAGAAAAGUUGUUGAAAUGGGAAGAAGAAUGCAAUAGCAAUGAAGUUGUUAUUGCUGAAUUAGCUAAGCAAUUAAAUGUGUAAUUAUAUAUUAUUUAUUAUAAGAUUUGUUUAGUUAAUAUUUUUUUAAGAUAAAGACAAUUUUGUAGUUAAUGAAUAUGAAAAAGACAAGCAACAUAAAAUUAUCUUAUUAAUAAAGCCUGGACAUUAUAAUAUUGGCUAUUUUAAACCUGAAAGUGAAAAUAAAAAUAAUAAUUAAGAUGAGUAGAUUAAGAAAAGUAAUUAAAAUUAAGAGUAAGUUGUAAUAGAAAUACAUAAAUCUGAUAAUAAUGAGAUUGAUGGAUAAACAAUUUAAUAAAGUAUUAUUGGUGAUGUUGAAUCUGUAAGUGAAAAUAAAAAUAAUAAUUAAGAUGAGCAGAGUAAUCCAAGAAAUUAAAAUUAAGAAUAAGUGGUAAUAGAUAUUCCAUAACAAGUAAUAAAUUAACCUAAUAGCAAGAUUGAUGGAUUAUCACUUUUAUAAAAUAUAAUAAAUGAAACUUCUUAAUAAAGACAAGUGUUAGAUGAAUAUAAAUAUUAUAUUAGACGAUUUUAGGAUAAAUCAGAUCUAAAAAAAAAUUAUGGCCUUACAUUAAAAGCAAGUUCAAAGUUAUACUAAUAUUGUAAUGCAUUUAGAGAAGUGAGAGGAGAUGGAAAUUGUUUUUAUACUGCUUUUGGAUAUUAAUUCUUAUGUAUUUUAUUAUUUGAAUAUACAUUUGAUUAAUUUUAAGAAUUCAUAGAUAAAAUUAGAAAAAGUGAUUUACCUAUGAAAAUAUUUGUUACUGACAAAGAUUUGAAGAUUGAUGAUAAAUAUUUAGAAAAAUAACUAUUAGAAGAAUUUUUAAAUAGAUUAACUAAAUUAAAAUAAAUUGAUGAUAUAACUUAAAGAUAAGAAUAAUUUAAUACUUAAUUUGCUGCUUAUGAAAAAUAAUCAGAAGAAAUUGAUGGUUGUUUAUAUGGACUAUCGACAAUAUUUUUUAGAAAUUAUUCUAAUUACAUUGUUGAAUUGAGCAUUAAUAAAGAUGCAGUUUUUGAUAGAGAAAAGUUGUUGAAAUGGGAAGAAGAAUGCAAUAGCAAUGAAGUUGUUAUUGCUGAAUUAGCUAAGCAAUUAAAUGUGUAAUUAUAUAUUAUUUAUUAUAAGAUUCGUUUAGUUAAUAUUUUUUAAAGAUUUAGACAAUUUUGUAGUUAAUGAAUAUGAAAAAGACAAGCAACAUAAAAUUAUCUUAUUAAUAAAGCCUGGACAUUAUAAUAUUGGCUAUUUUAUCCCUUAAAACGAAAAGUGA